UCUUCCAUUAUCUUUCUUCCACUGGCAUUAUUUACUGUAAUGCUUAGUGUCACAAUCCAAUGGCUAAUUUACAAAACAAAGAAGUGGUACGGGUCGUCCUCGUCGUCACUGUCAAUUCCUCCGGGGCCGAAACCCUGGCCUCUUGUGGGAUCUAUCCCGGAGAUUCUCCGGAACAAGCCUGCUUUCCGGUGGAUACACGGCGUGAUGGAUGAAAUGAAGACUGAAAUCGCAUGCAUCCGUCUCGGAGGCACCUACGUGAUUCCCGUCACGUCCCCGGAGCUGGCUCGCGAGUUCUUGAAGAAGCAAGACUCCAUUUUCUCGUCAAGACCCCGUUGCAUGUCUGCGGGUCUAAUCAGCAACGGAUACUUGAGCUCGCUGUUUCUCCCCUACGGCGAGGAGUGGACGAAAAAGCGAAGAAUUCUCACCUCCCACGUGCUUUCUCCGGCCACACAGCACUGGCUUGUAAAUAAAAGGGUGGAAGAAGCCGAUCAUCUCCUUCGUUUCAUCUACAACCAGUGCAAGAUCUCGGAGGCCAGCGCCAUGGGAGCGGUUGUUGAUGUCCGACAAGCCACACGACACUACUGCGGAAAUGUGACUAAGAAGAUGUUGUUCAACAAGAGGUACUUUGGCAGUGGGGCGGCAGAUGGAGGACCCGGUGCCGUAGAUGAAGAGCUGCUUAAGGCCGUCUUCACAAUUCUUCGCUAUCUUUAUGGAUUGGGUGUGGCCGACUACAUUCCGUGGCUGAGUAUAUUUGAUCUCGACGGCCAUAAAAGCAUCAUCACCAAAGCUCUGGCGGUCACGAGAAAACACCUUGAUACCCAAGUGGACGAGAGGAUACAAAUGUGGAAAGAUGGGACUAAAACUGUGGAAGAAGACAUCGUUGAUGUUCUUGUUAAGCUCAAGGAUAAUGAUGGAAGACCAAUGUUGAGUGAUAAAGAGAUCAAAACACAAGUUCUGGAAAUAAUGAUAGCAGCUUUGGACAAUCCAUCGAAUGCUGUGGAAUGGGCACUGGCAGAGAUGAUAAACCAACCAAAACUACUGGAAAAAGCAGUGGAAGAGGUAGACAACGUGGUGGGGAGGGAGAGGCUUGUUCAAGAAUCCGAUUUACCUAACCUAAACUAUAUAAAAGCCUGUGUUAAAGAAGGGUUCAGGCUCCACCCAAUCGCACCCUUCACCCCUCCUCAUUUGUCCACAAAGGAUACAGUUGUGGGUGGUUACUUCAUUCCCAAAGGCAGCCAAGUGAUCAUCAGCCGCACUGGACUAGGCCGGAAUAAAAGAGCCUGGGAGGAUCCCCUCAAAUUUAAGCCGGAGCGCCACCUCAACGGUGAGGAUGUGGUCUUAACUGAUUCUGAGUUGAAGAUGAUGUCGUUUAGUGCCGGGAGACGAGGAUGCCCAGGAGUGAAGCUAGGUUCUUUGAUGUCUGUCAUGCUAAUGGCUAGGCUUAUUCAAGGCUUCACUUGGAGGGUUCCAGCUGACCUGCCAUGCAUAGACUUAACCGAGUCCAAACAUGACCUCUUUCUUGAAAAUCCACUCUUUGCACUUGCAAAACCAAGAUUGCCUAGCAAUCUUUACAUGUAGUCCAUUAUUCAGGUCGGAGCCACUAUGGGGACAGUGGA